AUGGCUGACCAAGAUCAUCCCCCUAAACCAAAGACACCGACAGAGGAUGAUGACAGAUCAGAAGCACGCACACCUGUGGGUGAUGCCAGGGCACUUGGGCCGGAUUUCCCAAGAGAAAAUAUCCAAACUAAUGCAGAUCAGAAAAAGAAAGAAGAUCGUAAUGUCGGAAGUAGUGGUCAGCCGGAGUGGAAACCCACAUAUACUCACAGCCGCAAGGGCGAACCAGAGUUACAGAAAAAGAAAGGCAACAAUACUGAGAAUAGCAAAGUGGUAACCAGUCGAGAAUCACAAAAAAUAAAUAAUAAAACUUCUGGGACUGUACAAGGAGAGAAUGACCAGUUAGGGAGUGAACAAAUCCAACAGAAUCGCAGUAAAGAAGAGACAAAAGAAAUGAAACACUCAAACCCUUUUCAGUAUGGAAGCAGCGGCCAGAGAAAUUCUGUACGAGAUCAUACUUUCACCAUAACCGAGGAAAACACGCAAAAAAGUUAUUCACAAGCUGCACACACGCUAGGAAACACGCAAAGAAGUAAUUCACAAGCUGCGGAUACACCAGGAAACGCACAAAAAAGUUAUUCGCAAGCUGUACGAACACAAGGAAACGCACAAAGAAGUUGUUCAGAACAAAAACCAUAUAGCAUACCAUCACCAACGUCAACGUCAACAAAGGUAAGGAACAGGCAACAUGUUGAAUAACUGCAUGUUCACAUUACGUCAUAUACCGAUAUAUUGUGCAAUCAUGAACGACGAUUCAGCUAUCCUCCUCAUUAGCAGUUCAAAGUUCAACAUUUAUUCCUAUUUAAAACUUCUUCAAAUGGGUUUCUAUAUCCUUGUUAAAUCGUCCCCUACAAUUUAGUUUACAAUUUGUUGUUUCUUAAUACUGCACUUUGAUUUUAUUGACUGUGAAAGGUUCAGUUCAGCCUUUUGAAUGAUGGUUUUUAAGACGCAUUACACGAUCAUUACAUCAUAUUUCAUUCAAACACUCACUAGACACUAAUAAUUCAUAAGCUUAUUGUCAAAUCAUGUCAACCAUAAUAUGCCACGUGCAGUGACUUUAAACCUGAUAAAACACUCCUGCAUGCUUGUUUAUUAAACAGCACAUAACAACUUUUAGUAAACGUAAAAAAUAACAGUGUACGUAGGGAAUCCGUGCCCUUUCAAUACCCUAGUCUAGACGGCCUAGUUUUAGAACGACGACGAAAGUUGCGAAUUUUCAUUUUAUUUAGGUUAAUUUCUAUCUCUUGAUCCUUGGAGAAUAUUCCGUUGAUCAGGCUUUCAUCCAUCUUGGUCCUGAUGAAAUUAAAGAACUGACACUUGUUAAUAGACGUUAUAAUCUGUGGAGAUAUAGCGCAACGUUACCUGGUGAUCCCAUCAAUAACGGUUUAAAGUAUAAAUACAGAUUUAUCGAAAAGGGACAUGACUCUAAGUUUCCUUUCCUUAGUCACUUUAGAAUGUUCAGCACAGAUCCCACAUGCUUUGACGAAUCUAGUGAUAGGGACGCAAAGUCACAAACCCAGUAUGAUGUAUUUCGUUUUCCACAAGACAAGGAGUAUUUAAGUGAGACUGUUCCCAAAGCUAUAUUCUCCUACCUAAAGUUACUGUUACCGUGUGUUAAUCCUUCAAAUAUUUCUGACCUUCUUAAUCAUAUCGAAAGUUUUCAUUUCAUUACGUUGAGCACAAAACAUGUGAAAGAAUGUGUGAAUUGGAUUGUGGAAUAUGCUUUAGACCUUUCUGGUUCAGACGUACAGCGACUGUAUUUAUGUAUUGUCCUGGGUCACCUGAACUACUCUUCGUCCUCACUACCGUUUCCAAACGACAACAAGACAGCUAAAGCGUGCGAUCGCUUGCUUCAAUGUUUAAACGCCUGCGUUGAUUCCAAUUUUCUUUCAAAAUCAGAUCUCGAAUGCUUAAAAAAGAUUGCCAUUACUUUGGUAGUACACAGUAGCAGUCCAGGAUGGCUUACCCUUGCAGCACAUUCUUAUCCCUAUCUUGGAAUCGAAUUUGUCUUGGACAAAGAACAUAAUAAGGAUCUAAAUUACGAAUAUUAUGGAAAUGAAUACAAGAAAAUAGUCGCUGCACUCCUUGUAAAUAUAAAAAUAGAAAAUGAUAAUGAUCGCAUCGGCCACCAAGAUUUACUAUAUCGGGUGCUAAGAAACAAUCCUACUUCGGACGCUGCUAUGGAGCUAUUUAAAAAUUCCGACGUCUGCCAGUUCUUUACCGAUGAAGGUAAAAAAGUCAAUUUUUUUGCCUCAUUCUAUCAGGAAACAAUGCGAGCUACUAACACAAGUGUAGGUGCAAAGUUAGUUGGAUUGUAUAAAAUUCCGGAGGAGGUCCGUGGCAGAAUGCACAAAUUUCUGUUCUCAACAUUGAUUAAAUAUGCCAAGUCAGACGAAGAGUUAAAUGAUGAGCACGUAAAAAUAUUCCUUAAGUCAGUCAUUUCAGAAAAAUAUUUGGAAAGGUAUGAAGUUCUUGACAUACUCGUGGAGCUUUCCAAGUCAAAGUCUGUUCCUCAUCAAGAUUUACUACUUGAAAUUCUAAAUAAGGACAUGUUUAAGGAAGAUUGGCAUAAAGCCCCACUCCCACGAAAGGUGGACAUCUGUAAGUUGUGGGUUAUCACCAAAACCAUCAACAAGAAGUGUCUCAGCAGUAUCAGUGGCGUGGAUAAGAUUGUAGCAGUUUAUGAAGCAGUCGAUGCGAUAAUGCAGUGUUCUUUGAACUUUGGAAACAGAAUUCUCGUUCAAGAUGUGUGCAAAUGCAUCAUGGAAACAAUUUUACGGGAUGAAGACGCUGUUUCGGUUCUUAAAGCUUUUACUAGCAUAGAGAAAUGUGCGGCCGUUGUCCAGGAUUGCUACAUAUCCCAUGUAAGGAUGAGAUUGAGACAGGCUUCAAAGGCGGUGAAAAAGUCAAGCAUGUUUCUAAAAGAAUGUUCAAACAGCAG